AUGCCGGAGCUCAACUUAAUUCGCCAGUACCGCCUCGUGCGCAUCCGUGGGCGUAGUCAUUAUGUCGCGAACCCCCGGGGUAGGGAUAUCUACAGCCCGGAGCUGAGGCAGCUGUGCGAGCUGGACUCCCUCGACCGUAUGCCUGAAGCUCCGCACUUCUGUCCGAAGCGCAACUGUCAGGCGCGCACUACCUUUACAGCACAGCUGUGCUACGCUGAAGGAUGGGCUGGAGCUUGGGGUUACGUGUGCGAUUUGUGCCACGGCAUCCACUGGCCGUGGCAGCCCGGGCCCACGGAAUACGUCCUGCGCCUCAUCGAAGAAUGUCGCCACUUCGACCGCGAGGAGGAAGCCCGUCGCAAGCUGGAACGUCAGGCAGAAGCGGACAAGCGCCGACGUCAGCGCGAGGAUGACGAAGCUCGAAGGCAGGCCAAGAGGGCUAUGCGCGAGGUCAAGAAGCGCCAACGAGCCGUGGAGAAGGCUACUCGCCAGGCCGCUCAAGCUCAGAAGGCCGCGGAGCGUGCUCAACGCAAGGUUGCAGACGCGGCCAAGGUGGCAUUGAAGCGCCGCGCCGUCGCCGAGCGUCGUCAGCAGGUCUCUGACGCACUACGCAUGGAGAAGGGCCAGGUCAUGCUGGCGGAGAAUAUCAACAAUACCAGGAGCACCGCACCGACUAUCAACGCCCGGGCCGUAGCGAACGACGCUAACGCCGCCUCCAGAUUGAACAUGCGCAUCCUCGACGUGGUCGUGUGGGCUACGAACAACGCGGUGCCCACGCGAACGGAGGUCAGGGUCGACGCCAAUAAGCCUCUUUGCUUGGGGCUCUUCGGACACCUCCUCCCAGACCACGACCCCCAGGACCCCUACCCGUUCGAGUACUGGGAAACUGGCCUCCAGAACUGGCUGCCUGUCAUCGACGACCUCAUGGAUCUGGCCCUCUCUCGGGAUGCCACGGUGCUCCUCGUCCGCGUCGACACGGUCACGCGCUGCGAACAAUUCGGUCUCGAACUUCACUGCCAGCAGCAACAAGGCGCGCUGGACAUCAACAGUGUGAGCGACCUCGUCGAAGCCGCUGGACGAUACAGACAUCAAGUGAUGGCGCGGGGUGUGACUAUCCAUGGCGUCUGGAUUGUGUUCUGGCGUGACGACGACCUCCUCCCCAGCUCUCGCCUCGUCCCUCUCGAUGCGAACGCGUCGAUUCGACUCGACGAUCACUCCGACAUCGCCGCGACCAUGGCUGCUCAGGCCAGGCCGCGUUUCGAGGUCUGGUCCCAUGAAAAAACCGAGUGGAGGACUUGCGAUGUAGACGCCCCAUUCGAGGUCCCCGCGGGUACGCACACCAUGCUCGUGAGGAUCGCCAACCUCGAGGACAUGCCGCGCCUGGGGCUCGAGAUCGACAUGCUCGACGCGCCGAGGGAUAUCCCCCAGCGCGGGGCGCCUAACCCUGCUCUGGGGGUCCAUGGCAUCGAGAACGGGUUCGAGGCAUGGUCGCGUCUGUACGAAGGGUACGAGUACUAG